UUUCCUUGAACACUUCACUGGCAGUACUGCCCCCUCUAGUCUGAGACCUCCAUCCCUAUAUUUGGCUUUCGUCAUUUUCUAGCAUGACAUCUACUGGUAUGUACAUCUCCACAGUCUCUCUAGGUUAAAGCCUCGGACCAGGAUGCCAACAGUCCAUAAGCUCACGUUGCUUAAUUUUGGGGAAUUCUUGUGUGACAGUACAGUUAGUGGGAAUGCCUGAGAAGAAGUGAAAGACUACCAGAAGAAGAAGGCACAGAGCAAAGGAUUAUGUUGUUUGUAACAGUCACAACACUGAUCUGUUUAAUGGUGCAAAGAACUGGAGCCUCGGCCCUUGGUGGAACGUGUUGGGAUGAACGGCUAACACGAACAGGGCGAAACAGCAGCUGCGUGGCUUCACAGCCCUUCCUGAUAUUCGGCCAUGGUAAAGCCAUUCACCGGAUGGACUUAGAUGGCAAAAACCACAGAAGGCUACUGGCUGGGGUUGGAGGUUCUAUCCUGAUUGACUUUAACUACAGAGAGGAGAAGGUUUACUGGGCCGACAAACAUUCAGGGGUCAUCUACAAAGCAUCAGUUAGAGGAGCUCACAGAGAGAAACUGUAUUCGACUGACAGACAUAUAUCAGGCCUUGCUGUUGACUGGGUUUGGAGUAGUGUAUACUGGACAAGUGAAGAAAAGGGGAAAAUCAAGAGAGUGGAUGUAAAUGGAAAAAAUGAGAAGACACUUUUAAGACAUCUGACGCAACCAACUUCUAUAGCAGUAGACCCCAACAACAGGUUUCUGUUUUGGCUCUGUGGUGGAAUGACUUCAAGUGUCCAGCGCUCUGAUGUGACAGGCCAGAUGAAAACUACACUGAUUAAAGCAACAGAGCAACUGAAAGCCCUGUCAAUCGACCGAGAGGACAGAAGACUGUUCUGGAUUCAGUUUAGUCUGCAGGGAGAAAGUGCCAUUGCUUCAUGUGAUUAUAACGGAAAUGUUCUGCACAUCUUAGACCAGCCACUACAGUCUCAAACACUGGGUAUAUCAAUUUUCCAGAAGAACUUGUAUUACACCGAUGUUGCAUCAAGUGCAAUAAAACAAGUAAACAAAUACAACGGUGGAGAACCUCUGGAUGUUAACAAAAAGAAAAUGGCAAAACCCCCAGUUGGUAUCACGGUGGUCCAUCCCCUCAACCAACCCAUGGAAGACACCUUCUUCCCAUUUCCAAGUUGUGAUGAACAGAGUGGGAACUGUAUAAAUGCGUGUACCAGUCUGGCAGAGGAAGGGGUCUGCCAAUGCAGUGAAGGCUUUACUCUUAAAGGCACUUAUUGUGAAGAUGUCAACGAAUGUGCUCUUUGGAACCACGGCUGCUCUCUUGGUUGUGAAAACAUCCCAGGCUCCUAUUUCUGUACCUGCCCUAAAGGAUAUGCCCUCCUGCCAGACAAGAAGACAUGCCGAGAAAUCAUACCAUGUGAAGGCAACAUAUCUACAUGCGGCAACGGAUGCUUGGCACUAGAGGAGGGUGCUGUCUGUGUGUGUCCUCAGGGAUCUGUACUGCAGGAGGAUGGCCAAGCUUGUACUGGCUGCUCAUCUGCAGACAUAGGGGGGUGCAGUCAGCUCUGUAUUCCUGUCAGUCCUGGUAGGUGGCAGUGUGACUGUCUGCUUGGUUACCAGCUCCACCAAGAUGGAAAACGCUGCAUUGCAACGGGCCCACCACCUUAUCUGCUUGUUGCCAAUCUAGUGGACGUGCGAAAAAUGAAUCCUGAUGGUGCAGGCGAUCAAAUCCUGGUGGAGGAGCCCAGAGGCACAAUCAUAGCUUUGGACUAUGACCCUGUCCGAAACCAUGUGUACUUUGCAAGUACAACAAAGAGGACUAUUGAGAGGGCUGGUUUGGAUGGUGGGUCUAGAGACGUUAUCAUCCAGGACGGUCUGGACUCUCCAGAGGGACUGGCUAUUGACUGGAUCCACCGCAGGUUGUACUGGACAGAUGCAAGCCAAUCAACUGUUGAUUGCAGUUCAUUAGAUGGGGCGAACAGAGAAAUCAUUAUAAGCAAUGGGCUGCAAAAACCAAGAGCAAUUGCAGUUCAUCCAUUGGUGAAGAAACUGUUCUGGACUGAUAUCGGGGACCAACCUGCAGUGGAAAGUGCCUCACUGGAGGGAAAAGGCCGUGUUGACAUUGCUCGCACCAACCUUGUGUCACCGAGUGGCCUGUCCAUCGAUAUGACAGAGGAUCGUCUGUACUGGUGCGACCAGAGGACGGGCCUGGUGGAGACUGCAGCCAUGGAUGGCUCAGACCGACGGAUCCUGUUAGAGAACCAAGUAGGCCGACCUUUUGACCUCGCAGUAUUUGAGGACAGGCUGUGGAUAUCUGAUCGAGAGCAUCAUCACCUCAGGAGCGUACACAAGCGCACCGGACAGAAACUGCGACGUAUCCACGGCAACAUGGUCCAACCAGCAUCCGUUGUGGUGGUACAUCCUCUUGCUAAACCAGGUGCUGAUGUUUGCCUUCACAAGAAUGGGGGUUGCGCCCAGGUGUGUGAAAGCAGACUAGGGUUCGCUCACUGCUCCUGUCUGUCACAUUACACCCCAACACCUGAUGGAAAAGGCUGCUCGCCUGUGGAGGCUACAAACCAUUCAACAGAGUCAGGAGAAAGGGAGCCAACUAAUUUAACAGCAAAUAAAACCAUCACUGAAGAGAGCACAUCCCUGACAACUGCUAAACGGGGGGCCGAUUUAGACUCCAACACAGGAACUGAGACAACUCCGUUAACAGAGAAGAUGGUUUCAGACCAGAAUGAGUGUUACUCUCUCCACUGUAAUGUGAAUGCACAGUGCCUGCUGAAUGCUGGGAGCCCAGCCUGUUUAUGUCUAGAAGGUUUCACAGGAGAUGGACAGUUGUGUGUGGAUAUUGAUGAGUGUAAACUAGGAAUGCACAAUUGUGACAAAAACUCUGACUGCCAAAACACAGAGGGGACAUAUCUGUGUAAAUGCCGGGCUGGAUAUCAUGGCAAUGGUCAAACAUGUCAAGAGAUGGAGACCACACCACAAUGGAUAACGCCUAGUGGCCCAACUGAAGUCACUCCCCGACACCACAACAGUAAUUCAGCAGAGAGUUGCCCCUCCACCCAUGAAUCCUACUGUCUGUACCAAGGAGUCUGCUUCUACUUUCCUGAGAUGGAGUCCUACGCUUGCAAUUGUGUAUCAGGCUAUAUGGGCGAACGCUGUCAGUUCAGUGACCUUGAAUGGUGGGAGCUCCAGCAGGCCGAGGAGGAGAAGAAGAGGAACGUGGUCAUUGCAGCCUGUAUGGUGGUCCUGGUUUCCCUGCUCUCCAUCGCUGCCUGUGUCACCUACUGCUACGGAACAAGGAGAUUUUUCCACAAAAAGCCCUCAGUGGAUAAUAUGAGUGACACCAGCAUGACAGAUGAGAGCAUGUCAGAGACGACCACUUCCAGUGUGCCUCGGUUUUACAUGGUGGUAGAAAAUGAUGUGGAAACAAAUGUCAUCCCUGCCUUGAGCUGUCCUAGGAGAGCAGUCUGUCCAUCCUGCUCUUCAGAAACAGGUGACAGCCAUGCAUCUGAAGAGUCAGGCACACUGUUCAAACACAACAGAGGGUAUGAAUGUUCAAUGGUAUCAGCUGUCACCAUGGAGACCAGCCAACCUGCCACUCAUCAAUCAAGUCCGUUAUCUACCUUCACAUCCUUCAAGCCAACGCCACUGACACGGACUCCAAGCCCAGAACCUCCUGCUUUGUAGUUUCGCAAAAAUAUGGACACAGCCACACAGUUUACCACUGGUAUACGAACUGCAUACUAAGAGUUUUAAUCCAAGAUGGAGACAUCAAAUUAUGUUAAAUUAUAGUAUUUUACUGGCGCUAACCAAUCACAGCACAGACACAAGUGGCCCAGGAAUAAACAAGAAGAGUAACUCCAGAACUGAAGCUAUCAGAUUUAGGAAGGUAUAUUUUGGAAGUAAUAAGUAAGAUGAAAUCAAAAUCAGAUAAUAGUGUAACUUUUGUUGAGCUGCUACAACAGCAGCUUCUGCAGCCACGACUGGUGAUCACUGGACUUAAAAGGUUCAGUGUGAAAGAUUUAGGACAUAAUUUAAUAUUAAUAAUUAUGUUUCAUUGGUCCUGAGUCAUUUAUAUCUACAGAGGGAGCAGGUUGGCUCCAUCUAGAGUAGCUCAGAACAUAAUUGUGUUUUUGCAUUCAGUUGCAUUAUUGUUCUUUAAAGUGCUGGAAUCAGUUAUUCUCCUCUUAACCAAAAACCCCAUGAAUGGACAAACUAAACAAUAACUGCUUCAUUAUAUGGGUUAGGAGAGCAUAAACAAUGCUGCAUCAUGUUAUCAGAAGAUCGUCCUAUAGCUUCCCUUACAUAUGGGUUUAAUAAACAGUAGAAGUAGAGCAUCCUGUUGCUUUUUCCAUUUAAAUGGCUGAUAUUUUUUCCUACAAUUGAGAUUAAUGAAUAGUUCACUCUCCUAUUUCCAGCCAUGUUUUCACACUUCAUCUCAAAAUAUGGGAAGGUGACACAAACACCUGACCAGUAAUGUUCACUAUGUCAUACAUUAUUCAAAAAGCUGGUUUCAUUUCAAUAAUUGUUUUCUACUACAACACUAUGUUUAUAGAGAUGGUCUGACUGAGUCUAGUGAGGGUUUUUUGGUGUUUUUAGUGGCAUAACAUUUAGUGUAGAUGUCAUUAAAUAUUACACACUGAACCUUUAAAGGAAGGCCAAUGCUAUUUAAAAAAAAAAAAAAAUUCCCAACCCACAUCUUUCAGAAUUGAGCAUCUGGAUUAAACUCUUCCUUGCUGUAACACUUACCUUUUACUGUAGCCGACAUCAUUUCAUUAUUCCAUGUGAAAGUACAGUCUGAAGUAGAUCUAUAUUAUUUUUCAUGUAUACAAGAAAAUGAUAACAGUUAUACACUUACUAACAAGUGAAUUCUGACAGAAUCUGUUCACAAUUCUAAACAUAUUUCCACUGCUUACAUUUAGGGAACACUGUACUGGAUUGUUUAUUGAUUGGUAAUCAACUGAUCUGAUUGCCUGGUUUGGAAAGGGAAGGUAUCUUACUAAUGAUUACAGUUCACAGCUAAAACAUACAAUUAUUUUAUAUAAAAGAAUAGAAGCCCAUUCAUAUAUUUUCAUUUACAAUAUAUUCUGUGUAUUUUUCACCACCUCUGUAAUAUAACAGGAAGUUCAAAGUAUAAAUCUAAGUGUUCUUCUUUUCAUUAAUAAAACUAUGUUAUAAAAGUA